CAAAAAUAUCUUCUAAUUUAGAUGACUUUUCAUUAGUUUUAAAGAUUAUAGAAAUUGUAGAGUUACUAAUAGGAAUAGAAGGGGAAGGAGGUAGUGAUAAAUCUGAAACAGAAGUGAUUUUGGAUAUAUUGAUAUUGCAUGCAGAUU